CACAAGUGAUUUAUGUCGUCCCAUUUAGAUCCUUGUCUUUCGUAUCGCGGCAUAUGGGGAUAGGAAGUAGCUCUUUCGAGUCCAUUUUAACUUUUAAGUAAGGCAAUAUUUGAUUCAUUUACAAGAUAUCUGCGCCCUGAGGCUUGAAUUUCAAGCCGAAAGAAAGAGUGAAAGACCAACGCGCCUGAUCAACACCUCAUCACUGCUGCCUGUCGGGUUUCUUAUUGACUUGAAAACUUUCGCCGCCAUGGACACCGUUACACCGUAUCAUUUUCGGAGUCUUGCAUGCGGGCUGCGCGAAAUAAAUUUCGGGAAUACGGUGAUGGUUCAACGCGAGAACGGGGAACGGUGGCUCGGAUACGUGCAGGAUAUCGAUGAGGACCUCAUGCUUGUGAAUUUCGCUUCCACAACGGCUCCCGCCGACUGGAUACAAUCACGCUACGUCCGCGCUCAACGAUUUUUAAGUGAUAAUCUGCGGGACUCAUUGGACAAAUACGUCGCAACAAAAGGCAGUUUUGCCGUGCAAGUGGCACUACGCAAUUCACAGAAUGGACCACACGUUUUUCGUCCGGCUCGACUCGUUACAUCUACGAAUCAAAUGGGUUUGUUCUUCGUUCAGCUCGAUGACGGUAAUGCGCGACAGCCUUUUCCGGUCCACCUGUUUCAGAUUGCCGUCGCUGUUGCUCCCGCCUUCGAUGCGCCACCGCUGCACAACCAAACCACCGGACUGUACUUUCGCAAAUUCACCGUGCCGUAUGGGAAUGCUAGCAAGAUUAGGAAGCUGGAUGCGUUGGCCUUGCGUGACUGCUUAUAUAAAGCCGGACAAGCCCCGUCGGCGAGUAAACCCGGAGGAUCUGUCUGUUGUAACAUGUGUGUCGCAUACCGAAUCUACGUUAAUGUUACUGGGGAUUGCCUCAGUUUUAUUUGCGCCCAGCUCCAUGACCGUCAAGAUACCAUGCGGGCCGAAUGGGAUGUCCAUGCUCUUACACAGGCCUUUGCCAGGUUCUACCCUCCUUCGGAUGCGCCACAGUUUUAUGAUUUUAUGAGGAAUUUCGCACAGCAAGGACUAGUUCUCGAUCAUGACGGAUGGAUCGGUGAUGUGGUGUCUUCGGUUAUGGUUGAUGUUCUCUUCUGCCUGGACCUACACACUCAAGCUAAAGCAAAAAGGGUCUGUGCAUUGUGGCAUCAGAUUUUAUCCGAUCACCACACCAGCCGACACAUUGCCAUCGAUAGCUCGAUAUUGAAGCCGACGAAUUUAUCCAACUCCUGGCUUUCCUGCCACAACGUUUAUGACUUCAGCUGGGCCGUAUAUCAGGCCGUAACCACCGACACCAGAAGCCUUACUCUGAUCGAUUGUCUGCUGUCCUCAAACGUGCCUGCCGUCACAAAAGUAUUAGCAACGGUUCUGUCGGUCAAAGGGAUUCAGCUGGACUAUAUCCUGAUCGGAGAUGGUCGCUCAUACGGUGGUAUUACCAAGUACCAACUGCCCUGACGUGCACGACUUGCCGGAACCGCAUCCAUAUUAUGCUGUGGAUCGCGCUUGGAAGUGUGACAGUUUAACCCGACUCAUUCCCAUUUGUCGGCGUCUGGUUCUGAGGAAUUAUAUGGUCCACGAUA